AGCGCAGGUGUGCGCGCACAGGGAGAGCCCGCGCGCUCCCUGCGCUGCCACCCUCCGUGCACAGAAGUUGUUCCUCGUGUUGGGAGGAACUUCUCGUGGUUUGUUUCAUGGCCAUCGCUCCUCUCCCUGUCUCUGGCACCGUGCUGUGACACCCCAUGGAGAUAUUUGAUGGGAUCCCCUCUCCGCAUUCCCUUCUGCCAUGCCCGGCUGGAUCCCGCGUGGAUCACCAGGAAAAGCCGCGGAUCCCCCGGCUGGGACUGGCUGGGCAGGAGGGGGUGCGGCCAGGGGGAGGAGGAGUCUCUGUGCCAGGUACAUAAGGCUGCUCCCUGCUCCUUGGAUGAUGGAUUAUGCCAAAUCCCUGAGCCAGCGCCUGGCUGCCCCUGUGUCCAAAUGUGUCUCAGCCAGUGCCUCCAUGACCCAGCAGCUGCUGGCGGGCCCGGCCCCACCGCCCCGGCCCUACCGCGUGUGCAACUGGGACCGCAGCGUGCGCAAGGGCGUCAUGGCCCCGAGCCUGGCCGAGCUGCUGCGCCAGGCUCAGAGCGCCCUGGCCCUGCCCGCGCCCAUCGUGCUGGUGCUGGAUGAGGACGGCACCGCCGUGGAGACCGAGUCCUUCUUCCGCACGCUGGAGGAGAACACGGCGCUGAUGGCCCUGAGCAAGGAGCAAACCUGGACUGCCCCCAAGUCCCGUGGCUACCAGGUGGGCCUGUCCCGCAAGCCCCCGCGCAGGAUCGACGUCGCCUGUGUCACCUUCGACCUGUACAAGACCCACCCGAAGGACCUGGGCUGCCUCAACGUCAAAGCCACCCUGUAUGGCUCCUACACCAUGUCCUACGACCUGCGCUGCUACGGGGCCCGGCGCCUGAUGAAGGAAGCCCUGCGCUGGGGGCUGUUCACCAUGCAGGCCACUGGCCACGUCCUGCUGGGCACCUCGUGCUACAUGCAGCAGCUCCUGGAUGCCACCGAGGAGGAGCAGAAGGAAGAGGAGAAGAACCCGCUGCCCCUGCAGAGCCUCCUGCCCUGCAGCCUCCCUGCCCUGCCCUACAAGAAGAUGUUGCAGUGAGGGCUGGCUGGCCUGGCCUGUCCCCUCCUGUCCCCCCACCCUUUGGGGGUCUCAGCACCCUGCUAGGUCAAUGCCUGGGCAGAGGCUGCCACAGUGCCUGGCACAGCCUCUCCUUGCACUCUGCUGGCUGAGUGUGGCCAAAUCUGCUCUGGAAUAGCUGCUGCUCUGUAAAUAUAUUUAUUUAAGUAAAGUUCUCCUUAAUUCAGCU